AUUUAAAUAACGGAAGAUAUGGGUCAUCUUUUUAGACAUUAAGAAGGAGAGACAGGUAAUUAUGUAUUUUGAAUAUGCAGCAGUCCCUUCCAUAGCCAAUAUUCCAGCACCUCAAGCAUCAACUAUAGACUAUGAUUGGAUUCUAAUUUCAGGGUUCAUUAUAGUGUUGACCUAAGUGGGAUUUGCAUUUAUUGAAGCAGGAUCAGUGAGAUAUAAGAAUUCCUAAUCAAUAGUCAUAAAGGUGAUAUUGGGUUUGUUCUUGACAAUAUUAAUAUGGUGGUUGGUAAGAAAUGAAGCCUAUAAAUAUAGUUCGGAUAUGGAUUCUCAUUUGGAUAUGACUUCUAAACAAACUUUUUGGGAGGUACAAAAUUAGGAGGAGCAAAUUGGGAAGCAAAUCAAUACGGAAAUGAUUAUACAAACUUUGGUAUUUUAUUAAUAUUGAUAAUUCGUUUAGUGUUCAGAGCAUCAGGUGCAGCAAUAGCCGUGUCAGUGUUAUCUGGAGCAGCAGCAGAAAGAAUGACCUUUUUGGCCUGGUCAAUUUUGACAAUUAUCUAUGCAGGAUUCAUAUAUGCAGGAUUGGCACAUUGGACCUUGGCAUCAGGAUGGUAUCGAUUGAAUGAGAAUAUUAAUAGGUUGACAACUUUGGGAUACAAGGAUUUCUCAGGAGCCGGUGUAGUAUUUUUCGCUGCAGGUGUUGCUGGAUUAGUUGUGACAGUAUUGUUGAAGCCAAGGAGAUUCAGAUUUGACCCCAACACAACCUUACAAUUCUAAAGACAUUCUCCAAUCUAUAUUGCUUUCGGAUCAAUUUUGGUCUUCGCAGGAUGGUUAUUCUACAAUGGAGGUAUUGUUGCCUAAGGAGCCAACUCCAAAUACACUUAAGGAUUAGUCGCAGUAAACACUUUGGUCGCUGGAGCCACCGGUGGAUUCUUUGCCUUCAUCAUUAGAUAUUUCUAAUAUGAAACCACAAGUUUGGUUGCCUUGUCUAGAGGUAUUAUCAGUGCUUUGGUGGCUGUCAGUGCUGCUACUGAUGACAUGAAACCAUGGACUGCAUUCAUUUAUGGUUUGUUGGCUGCUGUCUUCUACAGUGUUUUGGCUAAAGUCAUUCCAAAGGUACAUAUUGAUGAUCCCGUUGAAGUUGUACCUGUGUUUUUGGUAUAAUAUUCUAUUAACUCAAAUAGGGUAAUGGAUUUUUGGGAAUCUUCUUGUCAGCCUUCUUUGACACUAAAGCUGGCAUUAUCUACGGAUUUGGUGCUAAAUUGUUGGGAAUGUAAUUGUUGGGAUUAUUGAUCAUUUUUGUAUGGGUUGCCUUCUUUGUCUUGAUCACAUUGCUUAUUUUAAAGGGAUUCGGUGUCCUUAGAAUUGAUGCUGAAACUGAGAAUGUUGGUAUUGAUAAAGCUCAUUGUAAUUUAAUCAAAUUUAUAAUUAGGUUUGGGUGAGGCCCUCGUUUUUGCUAACUAAGUUGAUGAGGCUCCACUUAUACCAUAGACCGAAUUGGUUAAGUUAGGAAACAGCCAAAUUGGAUCAGGAUUCAGACCUGGUUUUAGAUGAUGUGAUAGAUUAAUAUAUAUAUGAACAAUUUUUAUUAAAAACCAGUUUUAC